AUAGCAAAGGGAAGUGAUGGUACUGAAGUCUUCUUGGGGCUGAGAGAUGACGGCACUGAAGUUGCUAUUAAGAGAAUGUCUAAAUGCAACUAUCAGGAGCUGAGGAUUGAGGAGGGAUUUCUGCGACUUCCAGAGCUUGAUCAUCCAUCUAUUGUACGAUACGUUGACUUUGCAGAGGAUGAGAACUUUGGAUAUCUUGCUCUUCAACUCUGUGAAUACACGCUGGAAGAAUACAUCAGAAAUAAUGAUGAAAGUCUGCUGAGAAAUGAACUGAUCAAACAGGUCCUCGAAAGUUUAACGGUGCUUCAUUGUCAAAAUCCUCCAAUUCUCCACCGGGAUCUUAAACCGCAGAAUGUUUUGAUCGGUAAGACAAAUCAAAAAAUAUAUGAAAAUGAUGGAAUUUACAAUGUUACAAUGUUACAACAACAUUUGAAUUUAUAAAUAUCAUACAUACUUUUGUAAUUUUUCCUGCAGAUGUUACUGGAAGGGCAAGAUUAGCUGACUUCGGCAUAAGCAGACGAUUACUCAAAGGCCAAACAGCUUACCGCACAGGCAGCGCAGGAACAAAAUGCUGGAUGGCCAAGGAGACUUUAGCAGAUGAAGCUGUCAUACCAUACAAGCCAAACACUGAUGUUCAGGUGGCAGGGAUGCUGCUUUACUAUAUCCUCUCUGGAGGACACCAUCCUUUCGGCGACCAGUCCUAUAAAGUUGAGAGCAACAUUCAUGAAGGGAACUACACUUUGGUCCAUGUUCCAGACAUGGUGGCAAAGGAUCUCAUUGAGCGGAUGAUCAAUAAAGAACCAAAGAAAAGACCCAAAGUGAAAGAAUGCUUGAGUCAUCCCUUCUUCUGGACCACUGAGAGGAGAGUUGAAUACUUGAGGAGGAUUGGCAACAGGGAGGAUGUAAAAAAGUGUCGAAAUGCUGACAAGGAAGUGAUUGAUUCAUUGGAAAAAUGUGCCGGGGAAGGAUUCUUCAAACAGUGGAAAAAUAAGUUUCCACCAGAGUUGAUCCAGAAGAUGGAUGCCAAGAACAAAGCCUACCCUGACAACACGCUGGGAUUACUGCGCUUCAUUCGAAACCUCCAUGAGCACUAGUGAGAAG